AAUCUUAGUCUCUGGUCAUUUUUAUAUGUCUAUAAUCUAUGCGUUUAUUUUCUUUCCUCUUUGAAAAAGUGACGUUUCCGUUCGCUGUUCUCCGGUUCAGCGCUGAGCAAUUUUUAUUAGAAAAGUUGUUUAUCUCGACCGGGAAAUCGCAUUAAAAUGGCAGCCGCCGCAGUGUCAGGCAAGGACAUCGAGAAGCCCCAGGCGGAGGUGUCCCCCAUCCACCGCAUCCGUAUCACCCUCACGUCGCGCAACGUGCGCUCACUGGAGAAAGUCUGCUCCGACUUGAUAAAUGGCGCCAAGAAACAGAAGCUGCGUGUGAAGGGUCCAGUUCGUAUGCCAACUAAGAUCCUGCGCAUCACCACCAGGAAGACCCCUUGUGGUGAGGGUUCCAAGACCUGGGACAGGUUCCAGAUGCGCAUCCACAAGCGUGUGAUAGACCUGCACUCACCGUCAGAGAUUGUCAAGCAGAUCACCUCCAUCAACAUCGAGCCUGGUGUUGAGGUGGAGGUCACCAUCGCAGACGCGUAGGCACAGCUGACAAUAUACUGUAAAAACUAAA